CUCUCCCUGUGCAGGACGAGUCGUGUCCUGAGCGAGCUGCAGAAUGAAGAAUCUGCAGGACUAGUUUGCAGGGAGAAGAGACUUAGACUUUUUGGAAGAUGAAAUUUACUUGGGGAAUUCAUCAUAAUGCACUGGCAUACUCUAUGACUACAUUAGGUGCUGGAAUGAUGAACAGUAUCUUUAAUUUCUACUACGUUAAGCUUUUCCUAAACCAAUACAGAAUUUCAGAAGCAGCCUUUCAUCAAGCACAGGUGGUGUUUAUGAUAUGGAAUGCCAUCAAUGAUCCUCUUUUUGGGUAUAUUCAAGAUAAUUCCAAAUUCGCCUGCUGCUCAAGACGUCAGUUUUCAAUUCUGUAUGGAGCUCCCUURUAUGCAUUAGCCUUUUUGCUUCCUUGGUUUCCUUGGAAACAUUACGAGGAAGGCGACUGGCUAAGUGGUCUCCACCUGAUUGUUUCUCUGUGUGCUUUUGACGGGUUGCUUACGUUUGUGCUUCUGGCGCAAUGUGCUCUCUUUGCAGAAAUUUCCACCAGACAUGAAAAUAGGCUUCAGCUUAUUAAAUAUAACCAAGUAGCAACAUUAAUUGGAUCAACAAGCAUUCUCUUCUGUGGUCUAAUAUCAGAUAAUAUGGAGAAUUUUGCCUCUUUUCAGGCUUUUACUGUUUUGGUUGCUGUGUUAGCAACAGCUUGUAUGUGUUACACGGGCAAAUACAGUACCAGUCAAUAUGAGCAGAGAGAAAUUCAUACAGAGAGUGCUAAUCUAGAAAAUGAUGAUGGAGCUCUUUCCUGGUCCUCUGUAAUUUCACUAACCAAGCAGAUAAUGGCAGAAAAAAACUUCUUAUUUUUUGUGACUAUGAACUUCUUCCAAGUCUUCCACCUAGCCUUUUGCAACAAUUUUAUGAUGAUCUUUGCGGAUAAUCUAAUUCCUAAGGAUGUCCUUUCUUCCUCAAUAAGAAGUGUUAUGUAUGGAGCAGGCUUUAUUUGUCCUCAGUGCCUUGUUCUUCUCAGUCAUGCUUCAUUGAAGAAGUUUGGUUAUUACAGAAUCAUCCUGUUUUCCUUUUACUUUGAAGGAAUAGCUGCUGCCACCAUUUUUUUUCUAGGGCCAGACCACUACUAUCUCUUGGCAUUUUAUCUAACAACAAACAUGGUAAUUGUACAAGCUUCAUUUAGUUUGUUCAAUCUGCCCUUGGCAGAUAUUGUUGAUGCAGAUUUAAUAAAACACAAACGGAGAUCACCACUUUCCUCUAUGGUUUUUGGUACCAAUGCCCUGUUUACAAAGCCGGCCCAGUCUUUGGCUCCAAUGCUUGUGGUUACAAUACUAAAUCAGUUUGGAUAUGAAAACCUCACCAAUGAAAUUGCUCAGCCUGAUCCAAGUUUGUUUUUAGGUCUUCAUGAUGCCAUGUUCUAUUUGAUCUGUCUGGUUCCACUUUGCAUUGCAGUCAUACAGAUCCUGACGUGGACUCGGUUUUCAAUCCAGAAUAGUCAUUUGACAGCUGUACACUAAAUAUUUAAUAAUUGGUCUGUAAAUCUUGUGCUGAACUGUAUGUAGGAGACUUAGCAUGUUUUAAAUGUGAAAAAGCAACCUUGUAUUGAAGGGACUGUUAGGCCAGAAGCAGUUUGAGCCAUUCAAAUAAAGUUGGAUUCUUCAGUGUGUAUAUAGAAUAUAACAUAGCCUUAGUAUUCUGGGUUUUUUUUCUAGUUGACUUGUCAUUUGAAUGUGACAAGUGUAUGGGAAACAGGGAAGAUAUGGUUUAUUUUUUCCUAAAUUACUAAAGUCAUUUCUGGUACAUACUGUUCACUCUUUGAAGACAGGACAUGACACAUCAGGUAAAGGAAUCUCAGCCCAGCACCUGGAACUCAAGGGAACUGCAUUUUCAAUUCAGUAACUUAAGGUUACUGAAAGAUGGUGGAUUAAUUCUGCUGUGCAUGAUAAUGGCACAUCCCUGAAGUUUGCCAGGAAAAGACAUUCCUCAGGGAAGGCAGGGAGACAGAAAAAUUUAGUUGAUAUUUAGCUGGCCAUAUCUCAAGAGCCAAGAAUAAUUAAUUGCCUUGUAGAAGUCAGUGUAAGACUAAGUAAUAAUAAUAAAAAAAGAUUAAAUUGCUACUCAAUAAAGUGUUGCUAAUUAUGGAAAAAGCUCCAUACGUCAUCUUUUGAAGUUACUAUAUUGCAGUACAUUAUACAAAAUGUCAUUGUGGUAAGAAAAGUAUUAGUUGUUCAAGAAAGGAGUAAGGGGUGACAUGACUGAAGGUAUAGCUUGAAUAGCCUCUUUAAACUGCUACAUCUUCAGAAUUAAGAUAGAAGAAAGAAGUAAUCAAAAUUGAGACUGCCACUGAACUUUGUUAUCCUUUGCUAAACCUACAUGAUUGUUUUUGGCCAUGAACCAAGAAAAGGAUGAUCAAAUGCAAAAGCAAAGUGUCUUGCAGCAGCUGGUUUGUCUGCCUUCACUCCCCAUUAGCUAAUAGUGUCU